ACUACAUGAGAUUAAACUGUUUAGGCGCGCGGCGAUAUAUUUGAGCUAGUUUAAAGGCGUUUUACGGAUUUGAUAUAUAAAACAAGCGGUGGUCGGUGUACAAAGGUCUUUCAUACAUUAUAAUACUAUGGCCACUCCUCCGAAGAGAUCUUGUUCGAGGCUAGAAGCUGAUCUUAGUUUCGAAAAAAGGGCUUUGAAAGUCUCAAUAGAGGGAAACAUAGCGGCUGGGAAGUCAACUUUUGUGCGGAUGUUGGAGCGUACUUCAGAGGAAUGGGAGGUCAUACCUGAGCCCAUCGGGAAGUGGUGCAAUGUGCAAACCACAGAGAAUGAGUACGAGGAGCUUAGCACUUCACAGAAGAGUGGAGGGAACCUGCUGCAGAUGUUAUAUGACAAGCCCAGCCGCUGGUCCUACACUUUCCAGACCUACGCCUGCUUGAGUCGUGUCCGUUCACAACUCCAGCCUCCUUCUGCCAAGCUUCAGCAGGCUGAGAAACCUGUCCAGUUCUUUGAGCGUUCUGUCUACAGUGACCGGUAUGUGUUCGCCUCCAACCUCUUUGAGUCUGGAGAUUUGAAUGAGACUGAGUAUGCCAUCUACCAAGAUUGGCAUUCAUGGCUCCUCACUCAGUUUGAGUCUCAGAUUGAGCUUGACGCCAUGAUCUACCUUCGUGCAGAUCCUGAGAGAUGUAUGCAGCGUCUUCAGUUUAGAGGGCGAGAGGAGGAACAGGGAAUUCCACUAGAUUAUCUGGAGAAGUUACAUUAUAAGCACGAGUGUUGGCUGUACAACCGAACCACAAAGGUAGAUUUUGAGUCGCUUAAAGACCUUCCUGUAUUGGUCCUGGAUGUUAAUGAGGACUUUAAAAAUGACAGAAUUAAACAAGAAGGGGUAAUUGAAAAGGUGAGUGUCUCUUGGUCUGUGGACAAAUGGAAACAUUUCUUCAAAGAUAUAAAUAGUAUCUUUAAUUUAGAGCAUCACUUUGUGUCUUACUGUAAACUGUUUUGGAAUCAUCAUGUUUGGACAGAAUUUAACACUGUUCUGUGUUUUCUUUUUUUCAGGUGAGGGACUUCUGACCAUGUAGCAUCUGCUUGCAUAUAGACUGGUGAUUUAUCACUAGUUUCUUGAUCAGUGUUAUGCCCCUGAAAUUAAUUAUUUGUUUAGCUUUUGUAUCUCGCGUGUUGUACAUAUUUAUUUGUUUUUAUUAAAUCAUGAUUUUUAAAGUUUUAACAGCAAGAAAUGUAAAUAAGCCUUUUUAAUUCACAUAGAAAGUACUCUGGAAGUAGAUAGGCACGUUGAUUCAAAUAAAAUACGAAAAAAGCCACAUACAAGAACAAAGUGUAAAAAAUUCUCAGCACUUGAAUACAGACUAAUCAUGACAAGGGUAACCUGUGGCAUGUGCAUAUAGUAUGCAUUAUACAUAAUUAAACCUAUGUAUACACAGGAGGACUUAAUUGACUUUUGUGUUAAUAGCAUGUGGAAUUUGAGUUGUUUGUCAUGACAUGCCUAUACAGUUGUGCUCAAAAUUGUACAUACCCCUUGCAGAUCUGGAAAAAUCUGAAACUUUGGAAAAUAAGAGGAUUUUUGAAAAUUAAGGUUGAUUUUUUUUAUGUAUUCUUGCCCAGAGCAAGUUAUUUCACUAAGUAAAUGUUAACAUUAAGUUCACACUAAAGAAUAAAAACAGAAUUUCAAAAAAUUGCCAAGGGCAAAAGUUAACGUACCCCUGAUUCUUCAUACUGUAUGAUGUUACCUAAACAAUCAAUGACAGUUUUUAUGUUAGUCAUAGUUGUUUAAGGGUUUCUUGUUUGUCAUGAGUCAUUAGACUGUCCACUGAUCUUCAAAACAAUCACCCAGGUCCUCCACAAUCUUUGCUUUUUCAGCAUUUCUGAAUAUUUGACUCAUGUCCAGCAGUAACUGUAUGAUGUUGAGAUUCCUCUUUUUACAUUGAGGACGAUCAAGAGACUCAUACACAACUAUUACAAUAGAUAGAAACAUUCAGUGAUGCCCACAAAGUCAACAUGAUUCAUUUAAAGUCAGGUGGGUGUAAACCUCUGAAAAUGGUUUUUAUGUAAAAAAAUAUACAUUUAAUUUCCUGAAAAACAUUUAUGUAUUUUUAAAUCUUCUGAAGGACAUUAGUAAAUGAAAAAAUAAGAUGUAUAAAUGAAACGACAGCAAUUUACAUCAAAACCAUUUUUCAGAGGCUUUCAAUUUACAGUUGUACGUUUGAGCAGAACUGUAAAUCAACAUAUUUAAUUAGCAUGAUUCCCUGCUUUUUGUCAAAGUACAAAAUGUAAAUUCUACCAUUAUACUAUAAUUAUAAGUUCCUAAAUAAAUUAUUGAAAUUCUUUGGUUAAAAAGUUUGGAAACCUUAGACAUCCAUGUCAUUUUAAAUGUACAGAAUAGAUAUAUAGAUUAAAUACAUGGAUAAAAUAAUUCACUUCUGCAGUUUUGGAUACAGCCCUCUUCAUGUCAUAUGGUCAUUGUUGGUGUUGUAAUACAAAUUGUAUCUGUAAUAAACUUCUAUCUUCAGAGCAUCUCCA